CCGCCGCGGUCGUUGACCUGCGGCGAGGGGGGAAGGAAGAUGGCGAACUCCCUCUUCUCGAGACCCCGCUCGACUCCGACUGCGGAGAAGAUCCGCAAGUCUGAGCUCGCUAAGUUUUGGUUCAGCACAUCCUAUUAUCUCGGCCGACAGCUGGCUCUGUACCAGGCUGUGAGCAUUCCUGAACUGGGCGCUUUCACCCUUGUCAGAGAGCACGUGGUCAACCAGCAGAACAAUGUGGUUCUUGUUGAGAGACCCGUGUUUCAUCUGGCAAAGGCUCUUGCGCAGGACCACGACCUCCGAUACGACUACGUAGACGUUGCAGGACACGACGAGUAUCAGCAACUUCCUUAUGAUGAGAUAGCCUCGGAAACCGGCAUCUCUGAAGGCGCGGCGCGGCUUUGCGUGCAAAGGACCGUCUGCCAGUUCAGCGCCUGCAUAGGGAAGAGGCAGAACGUUGCCUUCGUUUGGUGGGAUGUUGGCAUGCUGCUGAUCGAAGGGAAGCGUGUCCAGAUGAAGUACUACGAGGACUUCCUGGGGAAGCUCAGUGGGACUGCCGAGGUGCUGCAGGCUCUUCUUGGGAUGCCAGAAAUGAGCAAGGCGGUCAUCUCACGCAGUGCCUGCGCGGCUUCCCUAACGGCUUCCGGACACGUUACUGUCUUUCCAAUGUACACGCACGAGAUCGAACUUGAAACGCCCGACACAGCAAAGGUGGACCUGAAGUACCACGUGAAGACCAGACGUGGGCAAGGCUGGGCAAGAGGCAGGAAAGGGGACCUUUGCGAGACGCGCCUCCUUCAUCGCGCAGCGCUUCCUCCAAAGAGGUUACCGCCACUGACUGGAAUGCGGGGCAGAGACCAGGCAGCCGAGGAGAAAGAGCCUCGCACCAGGCAGCUACCGGCCAUCCCGAGGAGAUCCUUGCCAGAAAAGGAAGAGCAAGCGAAAGUAGUUCCUCUGGUGGGUCCCAGGAUGGUGGACUUCUUUGCCAUAGCGAGGGAGAAGAAGAGAAUGGCCGACCUCGAAGCAAAGGCUCUAGAGACCAAGAAAGGAAAGGUGGUGAAGGGACAGAAUGUGAGGAAGGAGGAGGAGAAGGGGAAGAACGUGAGGAAGGAGAGGGAGGCGAAAAAGGUGAAGGAGGUGAAGCCGGUGAAGCCAGUGAAGCCGGUGAAGCCGGUGAAGGAGGUGAAGCCGGUGAAGCAGGUGAAGCCGGUGAAGCCGGUGAAGGAGGUGAAGCCAGUGAAGCCGGUGAAGGAGGUGAAGCAGGAGAAGAAGGUGCAGGAGAAGAAAUUUCCAAAAGUGACGCAGAAAAAGCAGCAGCAAAAGUUGCAAGGGAAGAAAGCAGAAAAAGGCAAGCAGCGAAAGUCUCAAGAGAAGGACACAGAAGCUGAGCCGGAAGAAGUGAAGCUGCCAGCGGCCCAGGAAACCUCUGUCACCGAGGAAGAAUACUCAAUCUUUCUGUCUGGGAGCGAGACAGAGCGUUCCAGCUCCACCCCCAGCCUGAGGGAGAGGAUGAUGGGGAAGCAGGAAGAGGCCGAGGAAGAGCCGCGCGCAGUCUUCUGGGACAGCGCUGCUUUGCCUAAACGGAAGCUUUCUUCAAGGACAGAUGAGGCCCUGCGGGAGGUGGUGAAGCUCAUUGUGGGGCAGGUGUCCCGUGAGCAGCAGGGCCAGAGAGACGCAGAGAAGGAUCUGCAGGACCGGCUCCAGAGUGAGCUUGCAGUGCUGUGGUGGAGUCGGCCAUCCACACACGCACCUGGCCUCCUCCAUCUGCCAGGAGCGGAGCACAGACCUGCACCCCCUGCUGGACCAAAGCCAGAGAAGGCGUCACGCAGAGUGGUCCGGAGAGUCGUGAUCAGGCACGUCGACGAGGACCACGAGAGAUCCAGCAGCAGUGAGAUUCUGGAGCCAGACAUCCACUAA